UAUAGUAGCUGCGCGUAACGUGACUUGUCGAGAAAGGAUAACUCCAGCGGGAAAUCGCCAUGCGUAUCCGAGAGGUGCGCGCGUACUAGCACUUUCAUUGUUCUUCGAUGUCUCGACGUGAAGAGGUGCGAGCGAUUUCGCGUGCGUUACCACGAGCACCAGCUGACUUAUCUGUUGUCGUCGGAAGACGAAAGCGAUCUGAAUACUCUGCGAAUAGAGCGAAAGCAUACGCGCCUAUGACAAUCAGAGCGACGAAAAUGUCCGAAGCAAACGAAGCAAAGAAGUAAACGCCUAACAGCAAAAUGGAAAAAUCUGGAAGUUAAGUCAAACACAGACACUUAAUAAAGAGACUUUUUCAAGAUUAUUUAUAUUUUGAACACACAAAGAACAAAAGUUUUAGUAAUGCAGUUCAGACAGCCGGCAAUUUGGUUAUUUAAGCUCUUGUCGAUCGGUUUCACGUAUGCCGGUAUUAGCGAGUGGGAUGCGUGCAGUGGACGAUUGGAACGCGCCUUGGACGCACUACACAGAGAUUCUACUAGAAGAAACAAGUUGGACGAAGAAGAGGCUGGAACGUUGUAUCAGCGCGAACUACAUUCCGCCCCCCUGGAAAUGUCUGUCUCUCGUAUGGCCGUGAAGCUCCCGGAAAACCCGAAGGAGUCCGGAAGCCAUUGGGCACGAGUGGAACAAUGCGUGUAUGAUCCCGAUCGCAAUUCUCUAAGGACGCGCGUUGUAUUCAAUGACCUGUCGGUGUCCGGGAUGGUAUCCGUAAUGCCACGAAAUCAUCGCGCCCUGAUUUCGGCUGAAUCCUGUAGAAUGACAUUACGGCUAAGACGUGCGGGAAUAGAUUUUCUUACCUCUCCGAUUGCUCGCGGACGAGGCCAGAUGCGUAUACGCACGGAGUCUAGCUUCCUGGAGCCCAGGUUCGCGUCGAUCUACGCGUACGGCUGCCGUUCUACGCGCAUUGACAAGCAAAUCAAACGGCAGGAUAAAUGGCCGCCGUAUCACUUAGCCAGUGUCAACAAGAUAACACCAACGCUAUCGUUGCCUCUGAACGAUAAGUAUGAUGCGGCGGAACCGAGACAAUUAGCGGGUAAUGCCGAAGAAAUGGAUAUUGUCAUACCGAAUGAGAGUCGACAUUCGCGUUAUUUGCAUGCCCCCGAGACAAACAUCGGAGUAUGGAGGAAGAAUUCUUGGAUCACUAAAUUGUCACGUCGGAAACGCUCAAUGGCACGGUACGCGCGUACCGCGAUGGUCAUCACGCCGCGGGACUUCGCGGACGCUCUGAUAAACAAACAUAAAUCGACAGAGCGGUCUGCGAAUUUCACUAAAAUUCUUAAUCUGACCGACGAAUUUCGGAAUGAGGAUCCACCACAAAAUGUGUCGCGAGAGGUGAGGGAACUCGUAGUAGACGACAAUUUCGACAAUCUGUUCCCUGAUGUAGACUCGGAGGAUCCGAACAGGAGUUGGCAAUCUAAGGAGUAUAUCACGAGGGAGAUGGAGGACGUGUUUUUGCAGGGUGCUAGCCAAGCGUUGACUAGAUACAUCGAACGUCAACUGCACCCAGCAAUCAAAGAGACUCUAAUGUUGUCUAUGGGCUAUACUAUCAGCUACGGAUAAUAGUGAGAGAAUAUUCGGGGAUAUUACAGCAAUAUUGUAAUCAAUUUAGAGAUGUACGAAUCAAGGUUUUUUUUUAUUCCAAAUCGAACGAAUCGAAUUUAAUUUCUUUGUUCGAAUCCGAAUCGAUCCAAAUUGACA